AGUUCACAGCCGUUAAAAUCUAGCAAAAUGGCAAAGCGUAUGUUAUUUCGGGCUAUGUUGUCUGUUAAAAUUAAACCUGAAAAUUCUGCAUUUAUUAACACGCAACGAAGCUAUUUACAUACAAAGGAAAAGAUACCAACCAAAGAAAUUGAGAUCCCCCUUCAGUUUGGCCACAUAGCGGCCAAAGUAUGGGGUAAUGACCAGGACCGGCCAAUCCUAGCGCUGCACGGAUGGCAAGACAACGCCGGAACAUGGGACACGCUAGCUCCACUGCUGUGCGAGAACAGAUCCAUCAUGGCUAUCGACUUCCCAGGUCAUGGCCUAUCUUCAUGGAUACCGCCAGGAUUGCAUUAUUACGCUUGGGAGCUGCCUCGUUUGAUAUUGUACCUGAAGAAUUACUUUAAAUGGGAUAAAGUCUCCCUGUUGUGUCACUCAAUGGGAUCCAUAGCCGGACUUCGUUACGCUAGUGUCUUCCAGGACGACGUAGACUUCUACGUAGCUGUAGACAGUCUUAUCUACGAUGACUUCGACUUGCACCAAAUCGUUGAGAAAUUCCCUGUUAUACUUAACAAAAUAGAAGUAGCACAGACUCGGCUACACGAAGAACCACCUUCUUACACACUAGAAGAAAUUGCCAUGAAAUGGCAUUUAGGAACUGCCAAGUCUGUUUCAUUAGAGAGUACCAAAUAUCUGAUGAGAAGAGGCAUAAAACCAGCAAGCCGGGACCCCAACAAAUAUUACUUCUGCAGAGAUGCCAGGCUUAAACACUCUUUGUUUCAACCAGAGAACAAGAAGUUCGUCGAAGCCCUCGUCAAACGGCUAAAAUGUCCAACGCUUUAUGUAAAAGCCAUCGAUUCACCAUUUGCGUCCGAUGAAUUUUCUGUGGAAAUGCGAGAAGUUAUAGAAAGGAAUAACGAAAAUUAUGAAAUACAUUUUCUUCCUGGUACUCACCAUGUACAUUUGAAUAACCCAGAGAGGGUAGCACCACUUAUAUUCAAAUUUUUACAAAAGUACAAUUUCAAAAUUUAGUUUUUUUUGUUAGAGAAUUAAGCGAAAAUACAUAAAAUCGAAUCUAGUGGCCUCUGUAAAUAUGUAAAACAGGUUAUGAUUAGGACACCAAUUAUCUUCCUUCCAUAAACGGCUGAUGAUUUCGUUGAUUCCAGAAUUGUUUAAACUAAAGCACAAAUAGAAUGUUAAGAAUUGCCUUAGAUUAGGUAUUAGGUCAUCCGGGGCAAUAGUAGAUACUAAAAAAUUAUGACAAUCUUAUGACUGCUAUUUUUACAUUUUAAAUACAAUCUACCAAAUACAAUUAAUUCUAUAUAUUACACUUGUAUGAAUGAUAAUAUUCAGAUUGAUAGACAGUAAAUAAAUAAAUUUUAAAUUGAAGAUAUUCCACUUAAAGCCGCCCAAAAGUUACAUUUGCCCCCGAUCUUGGGUUAUGUAGCUAACCAUCCGUAUGUCUUUGCUGUUGUAUCUACAAUUUUCACUAAUGUUACUAAUUUUAUACUUCAAUGCUCUGUAUUAGAGUUCAAUUCAUUUUAAAUUUCCUUAAAAUACCAUAAGGGUAAAUGUAUCUUUUCAAUUUACAUUAUUGCUGGGACAUAUAGUUCGAUAACUUUGGAUAACCAUAUAAUACGAGUAUAAACUAAUAUUAUCAGACACUAUCACAAUAGAAUUAAAGUCACAUAUAAAAUGUUAAAAAUUAAAUAAAACCAAAGCCCAAUACCAAUUACCCCACUCACAAUUUUCGAAGGGGCAAACAAAUGUAGCUUUCUUGAAUACUUGACUUUACUUAAGCGUAUGAUAAAACAAAUUAUAGAAAAAUAACGAACCGUUAAUUAUUUCACGACACUGUAAAACACCUUCCAAUAUUGCGUAAAAAAAGAUUUUGGAAAUAUUUCUGACUAUGGUCUCUCACAUGUGAAAAAAUGGCGGAAUAAAAUAUGACUAUAAAUAAAACUUAAAUUAUUUGAAACAGCUACAUUUACCCCCUAGCCACAAUAGCCCCGAGGGGCCUUACUUAACUUUAAUUUCAAAUUCUAAUAAAUGAUUGUAUAUUUUCUAAUCUCUUUAGAUUAGAAAUUUUAUGUAUUAAUUAAAAAGGCUUUAAUUUAAUACUUUUGUAUAAUCAUUUUUUAAACAUUUUAACCACACAGAACAACAAUAUUUUACAGAUUUUAAUAAUUAUAUUAAAGUUUUUGUUUUACAAUUAAAAAGGUGCAGUAUUUUCUAGUCACUUUUUAUUUUGUAUGAUUAAUCACUGUGAUAUGAAAUGUCUAUGCUUGAAUCACUAACACUACUGCAGAUGUGUGCUCCUUUUCUAACGGGAAGUACUUUCAUGAGAGUCUCUUGCCAAGCCAGGCCUUCCGAUACUCGCAGUACUAUUUCAAAUACAUGAUCAAUUGUCAACACUUUUCUAGUUUUCAUAUUGACAUAUUUAUCUAAAGGUAGCUGACCAUGUCUGAUACCCUGAUCUUUUGCUAUUGUAUGACACAGGCCUUUAUGUUUGUUAUGAUCUACCAGUCCUCCUAUUACAUAAAAUGUAUUCUCUUCAAAGUUUUCAAUUAUGUUUUCUGACUCACUCGUUAAGUAAACAAGUUUUUCUUUUGGAAACAAAUCUAAAUAUGGUUCUUCAUGAAAUUCUACAUCCCAAUUUUCAUAACCAUUAUGCCUAGAUAUAUCAUUCCUAGAUUUCUCUCCAAAACUUGUAAUGUGAAACUGCAGGGGUGACUCAGAUCUUCUGUUUACAGAGUAACAUCUGAGGAUUUGUUUUAUGACUUUAUACCUAUCUUUUUCUAUCAUAAGAUGAUCAAAACUGAGGUCAAUGAUAACGCCUACGUUUUUCUUGUCUUUUUCCACUUUCAUCUUCUUUAAAGCUUUUCUACUAGGACCUAAGUCAAGAUUGGCUUCACGGGCUUCUCGCCUCCUCUCUUUAGCUCUUGCUUUUUCUUUGGCCCGUUUGUCAGCUUUAUGAUUUUCCCAUCUAACUUUUUUUAACCAUUUUCGCAUUUGAUUCUUUGUAAAGGGCCUAGGUAAUUCAUUGCCUUCUUCGUCCUUUAAUCCUGGAUCUAUGCCUAUAUCAAAUAGAGAAUAUUGGUGGUAGUUCGGUUCAACUUUUUGAAUGCUAUUAUCACCUGGCGUAUCAUUAUUAUCGGUCAUAUUCGUAUCACUCAAAAACAUAACACAUUAGCCUGCAAUUGUAUCACAAUUUUGUUCAGAUUCGUCUACCUAUAGGAUUCUAUCUUACCGUAUAAAAAGUAACUUAUAAUAAUAAUUUAAUAACAUAUAGUUUGUCAUUGAACAUUUAUUAAAGAAAACCAAAAUAAUAAAAGUUUUUAGCCAGUUUAUUUUGUGAAAAUAACCUCUACAGGUAAGUAGUAGGGACACGAAAAAAG